AUGGUCUCUUUCCUUGGCUACCUCGGGAUCGGAGGCUCCGCUCCCGCAAAGGCGGAGAACUCCACUGUGCGCGCUUUGCCUGGCUCAUGGUACACCUCGCAGGAGAUGUACGAGCUCGAGCGACGUGCCAUCUUCUCACGCAAGUGGCUCCUAAUCACACACUCGCUCCGUCUCAAGAACCCCGGCGAGUGGCUGCGCUAUGAGAUGGCCGGAUUCGACUUCAUCCUCUCUUGCGACCGCGGCGGCAACAUCCACGCCUUCCACAACGUCUGUAGGCACCGUGCCUACCCGGUCGUCGAAGAACAGAAGGGCACCGCGAAGAUCUUCGCCUGCCGAUAUCAUGGCUGGUCCUACGGACUCAAUGGCAAGCUCGCCAAGGCCCCCGGUUAUCAAGACAUGCCCGACUUCGACAAGAACCAGAAUGGCCUCUUCCCCAUCCAUGUCCGCAUCGACACCAACGGCUUCGUCUGGGUGAACCUCGACGCCAAGGAGGAGCCCGAGGUCGACUGGGAGGAGGACUUCGACGGCAUCGACCGCCAGGCGCGCUUCAAGGAGUUCAACUUCGACGACUACGCGUUCGACCACACCUGGGAGAUGGACGGCAAGUACAACUGGAAGAUCCUCGCCGACAACUACAACGAGUGCUACCACUGCAAGACCACUCACCCCGACAUCCCAUCCAUUGCCAACCUCGAGACGUACGAUGUGUUUCCUAGGAAAUACGCCAUCCCGCACGAUGCUUCUACGACUGAGGAGCAGCGAACCGAGGGCUUGACGAUCGCUAGCACGUACUACUUGCCGAACGCGUCCAUGACUGUCACCCCCCACUUCUUCUUUAUGCAGAAGUUCAUGCCUAGCGGCCCCUCCCAGUCCAAGAUGUACUACGAAGUCUACCGCAACAAGUCAUCCUCGGAGGAAGACUUCCAGCGAAUCUCUCAGAUGUACAAGCGCAUCAUGUCCGAGGACAAGGUGCUCUGCGAGGGCGCCCAGAAGAACAUCAACUCGGGUAUCUUCACCAACGGCGAGAUGCACCCCAAGAUGGAGAAAGGUCCCCUCUACUUCCAGAAGAUGGUUCGCGAGACGGUGGUCGCGCACCACGAGCGCGAGAAGAAGGAGGGACGCGAGAUCUGGCCCGCCCGCCCGGAGAUGAAGGGCAAUGGGACUGAGGUCAGCAAGGAGGACUUGGAGUUCUGCAGUGGGCUCGCAUGUGGCGAGAAGCGGGACAGCCUUGUCUGGUAA